GAGGCAGGUCGGCAGCACGGUGGCCUCUGCGUUGCAUAAUGCGCAGCGCGCUCCGCCGGCGAGCACGGCGCCCGCACUCGCCAGCCGCUGAGCGCGACGCGCGCGGACAUGCGAGCGGCGCGCCGGCUGCGGCCCCGCGUCUCUCUGCUGGUGCUCCGCAUCAAGCUCGAGUACCUCAAGUCGCUGCUGUUGGCACCACUCGCGCCACCCGUCUAGCAAACCACUUACUACCGAUACACUAUUUAUGCACCAAAGACGAUAAUACUCCUGUUUAUUCGCGAUACUAUAAACAUUACGCGCAACUAUGAGCAGUAUCUCAAGAAUGCCUUGAACGAUGAAUAUUUAUUGUACGAGUUACUUCAAUUCGCAGCAAAUAAUUAUGAAAAUAACAAUUUAAGGGAAAAACAUAAACCAUAAAGAUGAGACUGUCAACAAGUGAAGAGCUCCCGAGCACAACGGUGGUGGGUCGGACUGGGAGUCCCAACGGUGCAGAUGCGGUCAGCGGAGUGACCAGCGCGGGCGCGUACGAUGUCACGCGCAUGCGCGAGGAAGAGUUUGAGAGGCUCACAGUGUACAUCGUGCCAGACGUGCCCUGCGAGCGCGGGACCCAGAACCGCGCCGAGAGGACACUCCCGCGCAGCUUGGCGCUCAGACCAUCUGCAGUAUUAUCGACUCCCAAUACACCGACUGAAGGUGUGUGGAGCAUAGGAGUGAUACCGAGAGGAACACGCUUCGGGCCUUUCGAAGGCACCCGAACUCCAAACAAACCUAACGACAAAGUCUCAUGGAGAUACUACUGGAGGGUACAGGAAACUGUGAGACAUCAUACUUAUGGAAAUAUUAAGAUAUUUAAGGACAGUGACUAUUAUUACCUGGACGGUUCUGACACGAGCGUAGCGAACUGGAUGCGAUACGUCGCAUCCGCUUACUCCCUCUCCGUGAUGAAUCUCGUUGCUUGUCAACACCAGGAACACAUAUACUUCUACACUAUAAGAGACAUCAUGCCAAAUGAAGAGUUAAUGGUAUGGUAUUGCAAAGAUUUUGCAACAAGGUUGGGAUAUGACAUCGACCCUGAAAGAGCAACAUAUUCUAUCUGUAAAGAAGAAACAAUCAAAAAAGCGUAUGGCUUGCCACCUGCACCAGUGCAUCCUGAAAUUGCCUUCAAUCACAUGAAAUAUGUUCUUGGUUUAACAAACACUAAAGAACUUCUUGAAGCUGAACUACCGAGCCGGCGGCGAAAACGUGAAGCGACUGAUAAACCGUUUCAUGAAAGUCCAGCGUCGAUACUUCGUGAAGAUCCCCGAUGUGUGAACAAACAUGCCAGAACAGACAUUUCCACAAAUGUCAUUCAUAAUAAAGCUGAGAGCUCAAUAGUUAGUGAACCAAGAUCAUUAUCGCCGACAAGUUUGAUGCCAUCACCUUCCCCGGUCAAAAUGCACAGAGAAACCCCUACAUUGAUCAUUCAUCAGCACAAAGAGAGUACAUCUCAAGUAGUAAUACAUCAACUUGAUAAUCCUAGAAUCCAAAGCAACAGGUCACCAGCUCAAAACCAGCACUUACGAGAUAUGCGUGGGCCUUCUCCCAUGGCUCAAAGUACUCAAGAUAAAUUGGGAAACAAAUCUCCUUUACUUACUCAUUGUGGUCCUCACUAUGAACAUCAACUCACACCAAACGAUGGAUCUGUGAGAUCAGAUGAAGGAUAUCAUAGUAACGGGUAUCAUGACGAAUUUACUCCACCUGAAGAUUCAAGUGAUUCUGACGUUGAAAAUUAUGUACUUGAUUGUUCAAAUAAAACCAAUGAACCCAAAGAGACUGUAAUAGUCCAGAAAAUUGAUCAAGACAUGCACCGCAAUGAAUAUAGAAAAGUCAAAAUAAAAAUGCCAAGAGCGUAUCAGUACCAGAAUCAUAAGGAUAUGGAUUGUGAAAGUGAGAAGGAAUUAGUGAUCGCUGAAGAAAUGUCAAACACGCCACAAAAUUUAUCUCCUCCAAGACGUGAUCCAGCUACAUCGACUGUUAUAGUAUUAGAAUCAUCUCAAAACACCGUAGUUCCGCUAACUAAGCCCUACUAUGAGGAUGGUACAAUUUCACCAACACCUCAACCUGCUUUUAUGCGAUAUUCACCACCAGAUACCAGAAUACUAGAAACUAUUUUAACUGGAAACAGAAUCGAUACCAACAACAACGAUCCUAACAGACGUCAACCUAAUGCGACUCCACCUCCUUCUUCUCCUACUGAAAUGGCAUAUUCUUACAAGAAAAGUCAAAGGUACGGGAACGCUUGCAGUCCAGACUCCAGCUCUAACCUGACUCCACUGCCAUCACUACUGCCAUUACCGCAGCAGCUACCUACUCCAAGCGCUGCCUCAGUAUACUCAUCGUCGCCUCCACAUACAAUCCCACAUACUACUGAAAUUCGAGAAAUCAGAGAAAUAAGAGAAAUCCGAGAGACUCGUUAUGAAAGUCACUAUCCAAACUAUUCAUAUAACUUAUACUCUCCUCCGAACUCUACUAUAAUUACUCAGCUAGGUUCGCCUCCCAGCAACUACUCACCAACGGUGACGUCAUCCCACCAAUAUGAAAGAUCACCUAAUGUUCAAAGUAAUCAUCACUACCCAUCUUCAACGAGUGUGAUUACACUGAAGAAUUGUUCACAAUUAAGUUUAAUUAACACUAAUGUGAACAGCCCAUUAGUUCCUCAGCACGGUAGCGUCAGCCCAGACGGCUCUUGUGGACUCAUGGUGGCACCAAUGAGUCCUGGCUCUCAAUCCUCGAGAGGUUACAGAAGUCUGCCUUAUCCACUCAAGAAAAAAGAUGGAAAAAUGCACUACGAAUGCAAUGUCUGCUGCAAGACUUUUGGUCAGCUAUCGAAUUUGAAAGUGCACUUAAGAACACACUCAGGCGAAAGGCCUUUUAAAUGCAAUGUGUGCAGUAAAUCGUUUACACAACUCGCACACCUACAGAAACACCACUUAGUACAUACUGGAGAGAAACCACAUCAAUGUGAUAUUUGUAAAAAACGAUUUUCUUCAACAUCGAAUUUAAAAACACAUCUUCGACUACAUUCUGGACAAAAACCAUAUGCAUGUGACCUGUGUAUGCAAAAAUUUACACAAUUCGUGCACUUGAAACUACACAAGCGGCUUCAUACAAAUGAUAGGCCAUACGUUUGCCAAGGCUGCGACAAGAAGUAUAUAAGUGCUUCCGGACUACGCACACACUGGAAAACUACUAGCUGUAAGCCAAAUAACAUCGAAGAAGUAUUAGCAAUAACAAACGCUGCAAACACUGAAUGCAUUGGUACCGUCGACAAAGACUGCCACGAAAGAGAGGGGCACGAGGCUUACGAGGUGCACUCUCCAUCGCAAGGAGGGCUAGUGGGAGCCGGUGGGGCGCGCGUGGCGAUGUCGCACAGCGAGCUGCUGGGAGGGCAGGCGCACUCCACCACGCCGCACCUGGCGCACGGCCAGCUGUCGCCCGGCUACCGCGCGCUGGCCGAGCACGAGCCGCCGCCGCACUACGGCGCGCAGCCCGAGCCGCGCCCCAGCGUCAUCGAGUCCAGCCAACCGCUCAUCAUUGAGUGCACCUGAGCCUUGCUGGCGCAUCAAGCACUCGUCGGACGCGUGUUUCCCCGCCGCCUUAUGUGAUUCCAGUUUUGUGAUCAAACGAAAGUAUUUCGUAAAAACAUUUGGACGAGGACUUCGUCCCUUGCAGUGGCUAUGAGAUUACGAUAUAAACUUUAAGUUGUACAUUUGUAAGAUUGUUUACUAGUAAGUGCGAUGCGAUAUUAAUAAGUACUAAGUACUUGCGUAAAUUUAGUCCCCGGUGGGAAUGUGUAUCAUAUUAAGUUAAGGAUUAAAUAUUACAUCCAAGAUUUCAGCAGCCUUUGUUUAUACUAAUGCUCAAUUUUAUAUGUAUAUUUAGAAUUCUAUUGUAAAUAGGAUUUUGAGACAUCGACUUAUUUAAUUUUGUACGCAAUAACAGAUGUAUAUAGCUACUUCCAGAUACAAUGUUUUCGUAACAGUGUUAUCGUGAUUGAAGAUAAUCCAUAAUUAUUUGUUGUUGAACUUUAAGUAGUGUUAAACAUCAGAUUGAACAUGAAAGUGUUACUAUAAUUAAAUUUCACCAAAGAAUAUCUGAACAGCAAUAAAGUGCCGAGCGAAUACUUUUUUGUGAAAUUAUUUCAAAUCGGUCCGAAACACGUUAAUAAAUAACUGAUUAGCUGUAAGUGCCAAAAGCACGUGUAUUUUUAAGUUACAAUUAAAGAGAUGAGCGUAUAGUAUUUUUAAAUUGUUGUUCCUAAUGAAUAAUCGGAAAGUAAGCGCAUAUUAUGUGCAACAACGUAAUUCUAAUGUUAUUUAGAUUAAAAUUGACAAAUUGUGUACAUUAUCCCUACGCUAGAACAAAUGGUGCUUCACAUCGUAGAGUAGUGGUCGCUCGCAUCGCAUCGCCGAUGGACAUGUACUACAUUGUAAUGAUAAUUCACCGAGUCUACUAGUUACUAUUUUAUAUUCCCAAGUAAUUAUGAUUCUCCUAUUCGAAAAGGCUGAGAUAAUUAAAUGUAAUGUAAUAUUUGGCAAAUAAUAAACGUAAGUAAGUAUUGGUUUACAUGAUGUGUAACUUGUGUAAGCGUGACGAGAUGUAACGUUAAGAUUGAGUGUAAUUAUGUAACCACAGGUUAUACGUGAUGUUGAAUCAGGCGAUAGCGUUUUGUAUAUUUCUAUUGUUCAUACGAAUAAGACUUUUACACGCAACCCUUAGUAGAUUUAUUAACUGUAUAUUUUCUACUGUUUACAGGGCAAAAGAAUUUGUACGAAAGCCUUACGUAUAGGCUUAUAUCGUUUCCAUGAUCAUGUUAAAACUAGCUGGUUUCGACGUUAACACUUCAGAUUGUUCAGUUGCAAUUCUUUUAUCUUGAAGGCAUGAAUAUAGGAUGUAAGUUCAGUAUGUAUAAUAUUCUCCUCUCUUUAUUUAUCUUCUCUAAACAAUUGGUAAAAUAUUUUAUGGGAGAAUUCUGUAAGUCUGUUUAUAAAUACUUAUCGUUAAGGAAUUUACUAUAGGUCAGUUUUUCGAAGUUAAAAGAAUUGUAAUAAUUUUAAACAAACUUGUAUAAGCAUAUAGGUGAUUUUUGUACGAUUUAGCGUUAUUAUUAUAUUUGUUAAAAAUUUUAAACUCUACUUAUUCAUAAAACAUCACCUGUAUACGAUAUACGGUAGCAAUCAUUUCUAAUUUUUUAUUCUUUUGAUUCUUGAGAAAUACUUUAUUGUUUCACAUAGUAUAUAUUUAUAUAUCUCUAGGAAAACAAACAGGGUUCUUUACAAUGUGUACCUAUCCCAGGUCAUACAAUAAGUAAUCGACGAAAUAAAUACAUGAAACCUACUAUUUUACUGUUCAUGUAACAAUGUGUGACUCAUUAAUUCAUUUAUAAAGGUAUCUUGUAUUGACAGAAUAAUUAUCUACAUAUAUUUCUUUAUGUUGUUAUCUUAAACUCUUUCCAACGUCGAAAUCAAGUCAAUCGAGUUUGACCUUAAACAUUCAUAUAAUUAUUUAAGCAAAUAAGAAAAACAUUCAAAUGUAAAAGUUAAUUUUUGUGGAUCACCCUUGCAGCUAAGUCUACGAAUAUAUUGUUAUAUUAUCUUGUUGACUCUCGCCAUUCCUAGUAUUCAAUAUAUUAGUUAUGUGUUUUGUUAGAUUUUAAAAUAUAGUAAAUUUAUUUAUCUUUCACAUCGUAUGUCUGAGCUGCAAAGUUUCACAAUUAUUAAUUUCGAAUCAGGGAUGUAUCUGAAGCACCAGUAUCUCGUAAACAGUUAAAUUGAAAAUGAGAUAAAAUAAUCUCAAGUGCUGUUCAAUAAUAAAAGCCAUUUAUUAUACAAUUGUUUAAGACUUUGAGGCACUAUUACCCUAAGAGCGUCAAAAUAUUUUGUAUUGAAAUUAAUAGCAAAAACGCACAAAUCUCGCACCGAACAAUACUAAAGUAUGCUGAACAGUACGUAGGUACACUGAACCAUGUUCUAUGGGUUAAUUAAGUUUCUUUUUUUUAAAUAUUUUUGUGAAGCAAAAUCUAAUCACUGUAAAUAAUUCCGAUGAAGGAUAAAAUAAUAUGGUAUAUUUUUAAAUUGUAUACAUCUAUAUAUAUCAGUCACUACCUAUGUCAUCGUAAUUAUAUAACAGUCAUGUAUAAAUUUGACACCUAAGAGAGAUUGAUCAUAAUAAUAUAUUAUGUAAGUACAAUAGUAACUUGUGAUACCGCAAGGCAUGCAAAACUAUCACUACGUGUAUUCGAUACCUUUUGCUACUUAUGUAUAAAUAUAUUGGACUCGCGUACACCUCGUAAGGAGUAUAGCUAUAAUGUAACUACUUAAUGCGCCAGAAACUUACCUACAUACUGUAAAGGCCUGUAAUUUUGUACACCUUGAUCGAUAAUUAUUUUACAACACCAAAUUCAUUAAAACGGGAGUAAAAAUAUAA